ACAAUGAGCCGCAUGCCAUCACCUUCAGAGCGGCAGAGGGAGCACACAGGCGUCCGCUGUGUGUUAAAAAGUUUAUUGAAUCUCACCGCUCCAUGAGGCCGUGACAAAUGUACGGUUUUAUGACUGGACUUUAACACGGGCUCUACGCGCGUCCAUCGUAUCCACAAUAUUAUACAAAUCCACUCCAGUUUAUUGUUUUGGGGAUUUUUUUAUUCGCUGAGCAGAAACAGAGAUCGGUUUCGUGUGCCUGUGGAAAUCCGGCGAUUGAAGAAAGUUUCUCCCUGUCUCACGGAAGGAAUUAAUACAUUUUAGAUAGAGAAAUCCACAUGAUUUAUCGAAAAACAUGGAAUUCAACCAUCUUGACUCACAACCGGGGAUAAAUCAGUUGACACCACCAGGAACUCAUCCCCCAACUGUUCCCGAGGCCAAUCCCAGUGAACCCUGCUCCGAGGAAGUCAACACCCCUUCAAAAACUGAAACAGGACUUGAAGCCAGCAAGCCUGCAAAGAUGGACACCACAAGGAAGUCAGUUACCCCGACACGACCAGGCGUCAUUCCAAAGUUGCCUGCGACACCUACUCCGAGGUCAAGUUGUAGCCCUCAACACAAGAAAGAUGGAAUGAAGUUGGAUGAGAGGCUGAAACAGGCGAAGGAGAGGAGGGAGGAGAGGGCCAAAUAUCUCGAACAGCAUAGCCAGACUCAAGCUGCUAAAAAGUCUCAGUGGCUGGAGAAGGAGGACCGCGCACGGCAGGUGCGGGAACAGCAGCUGGAGGAGCGGAGGAGAAAGCUGGAAGAGCAGCGGCUGAAGGCAGAGAGACGCCGCUUAGAGCUGGAGGAGCGACAGAGACAGAAACUUGAGAAGAACAAGGAGCGGUAUGAGGCCGCCAUCCAGAGGUCUGGUAAGAAGACAUGGGCAGAGAUUCGGCAGCAGAGAUGGUCCUGGGCCGGAGGCUUAAGCGGCAACUCCAGCCAAAGCCAGAGCAGAUGCUCAAUAUCAGCGGUCAACCUGCCCAAACAUGUGGACUCAGUCAUAAACAAGAGACUCUCCAAAUCCUCUGCCACUCUUUGGAACUCCCCUAGCAGAACUCGUAGCAUGCAGCUGAGUCCAUUGGAGAGCAGCAUUGUGGACAGGCUGAUGACGCCCACUCUCUCCUUCCUGGCUCGCAGUCGCAGUGCUGCCAGUGUGCUGAACAACACCAGAGACACCCAGUCUCCAUUGUGCCCACGCUCCGCGUCUGCCAGCCCUCUCACAGUAUGUUCACAUCAGCCACAUCGCUGCUCUGAGCGCUGGAGGGUCACAACCAGCACACCCAAUAUCGCCCAGCGCAGACGAGACUCCACACCUAUGAGGAAGGAUAAGAAGGACAAGGAGAGGGAAAAUGAAAAGGAGAAGAGUACCAUCACCAAAGAGACGAUGCUGAAAAAGAGACAGUCCAUGCCGUCAAUGAAAACCAGAAUAGAGUCCAGUCCGAGUCCACUGUCCAAACCAAGAUCUGCGUCUCCUGUGACGCCCAAAGGCCGCGUGUCCUCCCCCAGUCCUGCAGUCUCUCCCAAACCACCAUCAGCACGAGCAAGCCCCAGUACUCCUAAAGCCCGACCCAAGAGGGCAAGGACCCCUGCCCGCGUGGAGAACCGCACCGCCUCGCCUGUUGCCAUAGAGAGGGUUCGAGAGACCCGCAGGCCCGCUACGCCUGAAGAACCAAAGACCUCGUCUCCCGUUCCCUCCAUUUUCGUGUCAUCAGUUUCGGACACGUCCCCGGUUGAAAGUUCACCAGUCAUGUCGGUUUCCGCACCCUCUGUCCCCGAGGAGUCCCCUCUUGUCCCCGCCCUCCCACAGGUGACUUCUCCAGCUCCCUCUCCAGGCAAGCCCAUGGCUGGCACCAAUAACCCAGAGGAAGCCACCCGCAUCCUGGCUGAGAAAAGACGACAGGCCCGUGAACAGAGAGAGAAGGAAGAGCAAGAACGGAAAGAACAGCUUGAGAGAGAGAGGCUUCAGCACGAGGAGAGGUUAGCACAGGAGGCAGAGGAGAGCAGGCGCAGGGAGGAGGAGGCGCGCCUCAUGGCGGAACAGGAGAGGUUAAGAGAGGAGGCCCAGCGCCUGCAGGACGAGGAGGAGGCGCAGGAAAGGGCCAAAAUCGAACAAGAAGAGAACGAACGGCUUCAGAAACAGAAAGAGGAGGCUGAGGCGAAGGCCCGAGAGGAGGCCGAGAAACAGCGCCUGGAGAGAGAGAAACACUUCCAGAAGGAGGAGCAGGAGAGGCUGGAGAGAAAGAAGCGUCUGGAUGAGAUUAUGAAAAGAACACGCAAAACAGAUGCAGGAGAGAAGAAAGACACAAAAUCUCCAUCUCAAGCUAAUGGAAAAGACUCAGAUUCAGACAUGAAUAAAGCAGCUGCUGACUACCAGCCAAGCACGGCAUUGAAACAAGAUGGUGUGAACGAAAGUCUGUCCGUUCUUGUGGUGAACGGCGUUCAGCCUACCAAACAAGAGAAUGGCCUGUCAGCAAAAGGGGAGGCGUCUCACUUCGAAGAGAUCCUUCAGCUGUCCAAUCACAACAAUGGACGGGAGAAGUCAGAGACCGAAAGACCCGACGAGCCAAUCAUGUCGUUUGAGAGAGAUGAAUCAUUCCUUAAAAAAACAGGCCCCAUUAAGCCUCAGCAUGUGGCAGAGGUCCUCUGAGGGCAUAAACUGUUGGAUGAAGCCUUAAAUCUGCGAGUCCCUCAACACGCCUGCCUGAGGGACGGGUGGAAAGAAGCACAGCAUGAAAGAAACCUGUGCCAAACCCAAAAAACUGUCUUCUGUUUAGACUGUACAGAGCAACCCCACUAUCAGAGCCUCUUACGGUUCAUGGUGGAAAUUACAAGGAAGCUACAAAACAAUCAAGCUGAGCUAAAUGCAAACAUUCACCAGAAUCGCAUUCAUCAAGACCCCGACCUCACCCACUCUUUCUGAUCACCACAGUACAAUUUUUUUUUUUAAAAGGUUGUGACAAACAUUAUUAAUCCUUGUCGUUAUUCAUGCUGUUGUGGGUUGAAUGCAGAAGUGUUUUAUUUUUUAAUGUUUAGUUAUUUAACUUGAAAAAAAUUGUAACUACUGGGUACAAUUGUAUGUGAAUAAUGUAAAUUGGAUCAUGGGAGGAGACGAUCUGUGAAUAAACAGAAUGAAAGGGACUGCCAUGCCUGAA